CACUUCCUUCAUUUUCCUUUCUAGUUUUAUAUUUCAAGUUUUUUUUUUUAACCUUGCCAUCAAUACAACCAUGGCAAGGAUCUCUCUGUUGUUCUCUUUAGCCUUAGUUCUAGCCAUUGGGUCUGUCUUGGCUCACCCACAUACCGACAAGAAAAUAGAAAAGACCUUGUGUCCAUCUACUUUGGCCAAAGUCCAAGCCUUCCCUUACACUGAAAUCUCUAACUUCGUCCAGAAGAAGGUUCAAUUCGCACCAAAAACCAUUGCAUUCAAGACUUUGUUCGCCGUCUGCAAGGGCUACACCGAAUUUCUUGGGGCCUUUGAGUUUUCUGGCUCCAAAGAUGUGUUUCACGUCGUUCAUGUCAAAUUCGCUUUGAUGACCAGGGCGAUGGUUGCUGCACAAGCACACAUUGGUGUUGAAGGAGACCUCGCUGUUAAGUUGGGAAAAAGCUACACCGUGAUGGCUGAAAGGUUUGUUAAGCUUGUGGAGAAGAUGGCUGCGGUCUCGGCAAAGUAUAAGUUCAAUGCUAAUGCUGAGAUAAGCGUGAAAGAGAGGGCUGAGAUUGAAAAAUGUGUGAGUAAGUUGAAGAGUGCCAUUAGGUCUUACGUGAAGGUGAUCUCUCAGUGCAGCACGAAAUUCUCUGCUGGGAAGAAUAUUGGUUUUCCCACUUACCCCGGCGGUUUCAUCGGAGGUAUAGCUAAACAAGGUCUCGGAUAUGCCGAUAAAUUGGUUGGAGCUCACGGCCAAGUUGGAGCCGGAGUCGAAAUCGGAGCUAAAGCUAAGGUCGGAGCUCAUGCCAAAGGCAAGGUUGGAGUUGAAAGUGAAGCUAAAGUCGGAGGUAAAACCGGAGGAUUCUUGAAGUACGGACCAAUAGAUCAACCCAAAGCCAAGGUUGGAGUUCAAAGUGAAGCUAAAGUCGGAGGUAACGGAGGAUAUUAUGAUGGAUUCAUGAAGUACAUGGGAAAAGGUCAGUUCCAUGCCGCGGGUAAGGCUAAGGUUGGAGCUCAUGUCAAAGGCAAGGUUGGAGCUCAAGGUGAAGCUAAAGUCGGAGGUAAUAACGGAGGAUAUUGGGAAGGAUUCCAGAAGUACUUAGGAAAAGGUCAGUUCGAUGCAGCGGGUAAGGCGCAUGUCGGUGGAGGAAGCGGAUUCAGGCCAUUGAGCAACCCUCACAAGAAGCACUUAGAUUGAACAAAGGGCACAAGUUUAUACAACAGAUGAAGGAGUCAUGAGUUCAUCUCUUAUUUUUAUUUUUAAUAUUAUAUGAAGGAGGGAAACGCCAUGCGAUAUUAAUCUCUAUUUGUACCAUUUUUAAAAAAAUUGAUAUUUGUAACUCAUUAAUAUAAUAUCGCAUGUUUU